AAUUAAGUUCACUUGACAAUGACAACUUAAUUGUCCCUUAUUUAUGUAAAAUCUUACUCCUAAAUUAUUAUUUUCUUUUCCUUAUUUAUUGAACUAGUAUCUCAGAUAAAUACAAGAGUGUAUAAUCUUUUAAAAUUUGUCACUUGGUUUACGCUAGCUCAUGGAGAUCAUUAUUAUGGGAUCUAAAACUUCUUGUAUGGGGGCAAUAAUUUUGCUUUCCAUGCUAUUUAUGCCUACAUUCAUACAUGCUCUUAUGGCGCCUGAAAUCCGAGAGUUGAGAACUAAACACCGGUUGUCGAGUUUGCUCGUGUUUGGAGAUUCUAGUGUUGAUCCCGGCAACAACAAUCGCAUCACCACCACAAUGAAGAGCAACUUCCUACCUUAUGGGAUGGACUUUGUUGGUGGUCGCCCUACCGGAAGGUUCUGUGACGGGAAACUCGGAACUGACUUCGUAGCUGAUGCAAUUGGUUAUGCAAGUACAAUACCAGGGUUUCUAGACCCAAAUAUUACAAAAGAGGAUCUGCUACAUGCUGUUAGCUUUGCUUCUGCUGGCUCUGGUUAUGAUGAUCUUACUUCCAAUCUCACUCAAACCAUAUCAUUGAGUAAACAGGUAGAAUACUUGAAGCACUACAAGAUUCACCUGGAACAAUAUGUGGGACACAAAAAGGCAAACGAAAUUCUAAGGAAGGCUGUUAUACUCUUGAGCAUGGGCACUAACGAUUAUCUCCAAAACUACUUCUUGGAGCCCACUCGACCCAAGCAAUUUACCUUGGAUAAAUACCAGGAUUUCUUGGUCUCUCGCAUGCGCCUUGCCAUUGAGGAGAUGCACAAGGUUGGCGCGAAAAGAAUAGGCGUUGUUGGUGUACCCCCUAUAGGAUGCAUGCCUAUUGUGAUGACAUUUACAGGUGAUGGAAUACAUUGUGUGGACAAAAUGAACAAAGCAGUCUUGUCACUUAACUCCAAAAUUCAGAAACAAAUGGAAGCAAUUCGGACUCAAUUAAACAUGAAAACGAUCUUUGUUGAUGUAUACAAUAUCAUAGAAUCGGCAAUUAAUAACCCGAAGAAAUAUGGUACCAUGAGCUUGAGCAAGUUUCUUAAUAUAUUGAGAAGGCACGGGGAUGGGAGCUUCUUUGUACGCGGGCUCAAAAUCAUCAACGCUCACUUUCACGUUAUCGGAAGUGACGUCGUUGUGGUGAUCAAGGAUCAACUCUGGACAUAUGGUACCAUAGGCAACAAAGACUUUCUCGGAGCCUAUGUUCAGGAUUUAGUGAGACUACAAAGGGAUGUUGCGGGUCAGGAUCAUUUGAGCUAGGCGAGACGUGCAAAGGAGCAGAAACAUGCCAAAAUCCAGAUGAAUAUGUGUUCUGGGACGCUGUUCAUCCUUCUCAAAGGAUGUACAAAGUCCUUGCUGAUGAGAUCUUGAAAAUUUUUCCAACCACUUUUUUCUAUUGAUAUGUUUAUUAAAUUAUGUAAUUAAGCCGAAGCGAGAUUCGGAUAUUGAUAAGGGUUAAUAUAAUUAUCAAUUUGACAUAA